GGACCAGAAAGUGUUGGGAGAACCUGAGCAGCCUAGAAAGCAGGCGAGCGCAAGCCCCAGGGCAGUUUCACUUCCUCAGGCUCCCCGCGAGGCCGGGCGGUGGCCCUGUGGCCUGAGCCCCGGGGCUGCGCUUCCGGACCCGCUGGCCACAACCGCCGGAGGUGCUCCGAAGAGGGGCGGUGGCGAGAGGCGAGCUCGCGGAGCAGCUCCGGCAGCGGAGUCCGAGGCUCGGCGGGCAUCUGUGCGCAGGCUGCCCGGCUUCGGCCGCUGCGAUGCUGCCGGCGGCGUCGGAGCGCACGGGCGGGAGCUGGGAGCGGGCCUCCGGCGGCCCAGCGCCCCCAGAAAAUACAAGAGACAUCAUAAUGAUAUAUGAAGAAGAUGCUGAGGAAUGGGCUCUGUACUUGACGGAAGUUUUUUUACAUGUUGUGAAAAGGGAAGCAGUCCUGUUAUAUCGCUUGGAGAAUUACUCUUUUUGGGAUUUGGAAUUGCUGAGCUUAAACUCUUACAAAUGUAAACUUUUGAUAUUAUCAAAUGGCCUGCUUAAAGACCUAACUCCAAGGAAAUGUCAGUUUCUGGAAAAGGUACUUCAUUCACCAGAAAGUGUGGUUACUCUGCUGUGUGGGGUGACGAGUUCAGAUCAGCUCUACAAAUUACUAAAUAUCGCUGGAGGCAGAUGGGAGAUGUCUACUGAGCAGGAGCCCCAAGAUUACAUUGCUGUAAUUGAGAGUAUCAUAUUCAGAGAUUCUGACGACUACCUUGAGGUCAAUAUUCCAACAGACCUAGGAGUGGAACAUUCUGGGGAAAUAAGUAAGAGAAAGGAAAUUGAAGAAUUAUCAAAAGCUUCAAGAGACACCAUACCCCUGGCAAUGGUGCUUCCUACUGAAAUUCCAUGUGAGAAUCCUGGUGAAAUAUUUAUUAUUUUGAGAGAUGAAGUCGUUGGUGAUACUGUGGAGGUUGAAUUUACAUCAAAUAGUAAAUGUGUUAGGACACAGCCAACCCGUUGGAAUAAGACAGUCUGGUGGAUGAAAGCUUUAGAUUUUCCUGCUGGCUCUGUCAAUGUCCACGUCUACUGCGAUGGAGUCAUGAAGGCCACAACAGAGAUGAAAUACUCUACAACAGUAAAGCCUGUGGAAAACCUACUGGGAAUGGCACAUCCAGGAGAUGGUGUGUGCCAGAAAGACAUUGAUGAACUUGAUGAUAUUCUUACAUCCAUAUUCAAACGUGAGAUACCAUAUUAUGAGUUUCGAUCAUUCCAACCUGAAAUCGAUCCUCAAAAAGAACAUACUCAUUUCAAAGAACUCACAACUCUUCUCCACUGUGCAGCAAAAUUUGGUUUGAAGAACUUGGCUAUUCAUUUGCUUCAAUGUUCAGGAGCAACCUGGGCGUCUACGAUGAAAAAUCUAGAGGGUUCAGAUCCAACACAUAUUGCUGAAAGGCAUGGUCACAAAGAACUCAAGAAAAUCUUUGAAGACUUUUCAAUCCCAGAAGUUAGCAGAAAUGAUGAGCAAGAAAAUGACUAUGAAGAUGAUAUUACCUCACUACUUACAUAUUCUCCCACCACACAGAACCCAGCAUUUCAUCGCGCAAGCGGGCGGACUUCAUACAGGCGGCGUGCUGAAGGAGCUGAGGCCGAGGAACUGGCAAAGGAAGAAAAAGAGAAUGCAUUGGGCACAGAGGCCGAGCAGAGCCUCGCAGAGGUUGGAGGUGGGAGUUCUGUGACCGAGUAUGAUGAUGACUUGUAUGUGUUCAUUCCUGGAGACAAUCCAGAACAUAAUUCACCAGAGCAACUCGUGAGCUGCAGACCCCCUCUCCCCCCGCCACGACCUGUAGCUGCUGCCUCCCAACUGGAAACACCGCACUGCACAUUACAGGCAGGGAAAAUGGUGGAAGGCCAGACGGAAAGAAGUCAAAAUUGGUGUGAUCUCGGAGCAAGACAAGAAACAGGAGGUGAACCCAAAGAAGAAGAAAAGAAAGAAGAUGAAAAGGAGCAGGAGAAGGAGGAAGACCCGUACACGUUUGUUGAGACUGAAGACAGUGACUAUGACGUGAUACUGGCCAAUAUGAGUACAAAGAAAAAAUUGGGGAGUCGCUCUUUUAUUAUAAACAGACCUCCUGCCCCUACACCUCGACCCACAAAUAUCCCUCCAAAAGAGGAAACCACACCUUACAUAGCUCAAGUGUUUCAACAAAAGACAGCUGGAAGACAAUCUGAUGGUGACAAGUUCCAUGGUCUUAAGAGACAAGACAGAGCUCGGAUGGAAAGUCAAGCCUUUUCCACUGUGGACUCUCUUGCUGCUGGGCAGGAAGAACUCAUCCUCUUGCAGGAGAAGGUCAAAAAUGGGAAACUAUCUGUGGAUGAAGCCCUAGAGAAAUUUAAACAUUGGCAGAUGGGAAAGACUGAGCUGGAAAUGAUUCAGCAGGAAAAACUACGCCAACUACGAGAUUGCAUUAUUGGGAAAAGGCCAGAAGAAGAAAAUGUGUCUGAUAAACUCACCAUUGUGCACCAUCCAAAUGGUAAUGAAAGUGCCCGCAAUGAAAAUAUGUUACAUAACAUACCCUUCCGCAAUAAGGUUAUUAUAAUGAAACCCAAAAAUCUGCAGACACUGUGCUUUCUGAAUGAAGCAAGCUUGCAUUUGGAUUGCCUGCUGUCUUCAGGGAAAAUACUAUGCUAUGAAAGCAGAAGCACACCUAUGGAUUUCACAGUUUGUUAUUGCCACAAUUUAUUGGCAUUAACCUGCUUCAGAUAGGUAUAUCAAGAUUCAAAUUGAAUGCCAUAGAGCAAUUGCAUUCUUUGACAAUUCUUGCAUUUCACAAUGCAUUUUGCCACUGAAGCAGCUAUUUCCCAUUUUGACAAUUAAAGGAAAACAAGAGCAGAGAAGUGAAAUGCUCUGUAACAAAGUUAUUGCGCCUGUUUGCAGCACUAACCUUAACAGUUUACUCCUCUGUCCUUAGAAUGAACAUGAAAAUACAAAUUUGUUUCAUACAUACUUGCCUUUUAAAUGGCUGGUCCAUUUCCUAAAUUUCUGACAUUCAAAGCCCUAAUUAUUAUCAUCACAUCAUGUUUUCAAAAACCUUCCCGUAGUUAGUGACUAUUUGCAUAUAACCUUGAGAAUAUUAUUUUUUUAACUUUCUACAUCUCAAAUUAACAUACAUUUCCACAACCUACAUUCUUUAUUAAAAGGUUUACAAUUUCAGCAACGUAUGUCUUAGAAACAACUUACUAGCUUAGAAUAGAACAGAGUUUUAUCAUUCUAUGAUUUUCCAUGUAUGGUUCCUGCAAAUAAAAUGAAUGUUUAAAACUAUGUUUGACUUUCCAAAAUAAAUGUAUAAUAAUUAACCACUAAAUUCUUCUGCUCACCAGUUUAUAAAAGGAAGGCUCCUGAAAAAAAAUUUUUAGCUCAUUUAAUUUCACUGCGUAAGCCCCACAAAGUAAACACACAGAUGAUUCUUUUCCUCGCUUCUAAACAGUGAUAGGAAUAUCUAUUUAAAGUGAUUCUGCAAAACACUGAUCACAGGUUUCUCAUGACUGUUAACAUUCUCAAGUAAGCUCAAUUUUAAAAAAUAAUACAGAUGUUUGAUUCAUUCCUAACAGAUGAUGCUUUGAUUAUGACACUUGGAAAUCUAGUCUGUAGUUUCACAUCCAAGCUUUCAAGAAAUGGCAGGCCCUUCCACACACAGUGGUUAAUUAUUACCCAAACAAUGAUUACAAAUCCCCCAUUUAUGUGGAUUGUCUCACCCAAAGAGUUCAGAAAAGCAGUAGAAAAACUGACUGUUUUUAUAUAAUUUUCUGCAUCUCUAAAUUCAAAUAUGUGGCUAGUCUCUAAAGUAAAAACCUCUGUAUUGGCCUGUGACUGAUACCUACGGUUUCAUCAUUGGCUUUAUUCUUAUUGAAAGUGUGAAAUCCAGUGACAGGUAAAAUGUCAACUUUUCUAAUUAUAAAGCAAUUGGAUUAUCUCUUACCUGAGACUCAAUUAAGAGAGGAAGAGGAAGAUGAGGCUUGAAUAUUAUUCAGGUCUUUAACAUAGAUGGAAAUUGAAAAUCAGGGCCUCUAAAUACUUACGCGCUGAGCGAACUUGAAUUAAAACUAUGGCAAAAAGCCCCUUUAAUAGCCUCUUUCCUGAGAUACUCUGGCCCUUGAAUUCUUACCACUUUGUCAUCACAAAGAGACAUGGAAAAAAGAAACCUAAAAAUAACUGAAGUUUUCCUCAUGCUUCCUCUACCAUGGCGCCUCCCAUCCUUGCCUGAUUUGGAAGAUGGAUAGAGAAAGUUGGAAUUGGGGGAUCUGUAGGAAUCCAUAGCAUUACCUGUUGCACUGGAGGAUAAGAUGAAAAGUAGAGAGAAUGCAAGGGUGGAGGAAGACUAAUCCAAAUUUAGGAGUGACUCCAAGUGAAAAUGCCCCCUGUGGACAGUGUUUUUUCAUCUCUGGACUCCAUCCCUAACAUGUAGAAUACUGCCCAUUAACUUUGAGCUGCAAAACAGAAACUUUGCCUCAUGCUAGGACAGGGCAAAGGGCAGGGAAAUAGAGAGAAAAUGUGGACUUCCCUUGGAGAUUUGGGGCACUUCUCAGAGAGCCCUAACCACUGCCAGAAAGGAAAGACCUACAUGGGGAGAUCUUCUCUUGAAGAUUUUGUGCUGAUUCUGGAAGCCUGAAAGCCAGUACUUUAUCUUUCCCAUCAUCUCUUUUUUUUUUUUAUUAACAUAUAAUGUAUUAUUUGUUUCAGGGGUACAGGUCUGUGAUUCAUCAGUCUUACACAAUUCCCAGCACUCACCAUAGUACAUACCCUCCCCAACAUCUCUUUCUUAAGUCAGGUUUGUUUCCAAGCCAUUACUCCUAAAUUUGGCCAAGUUAAAUUCACCAGAACUCUGACUUCUAAGGAAAUUUGAACUGGUACUGAAUGUUAUCAGAGUUUUACAUUUAAUAUUAAUUCCCUUAUUUUCUACCUUGUCAAUUUCCUAGACUAACAUAGAGGAAGCCUGUAUGCCAGUGGUUCCUAACUGGGCAAUUUUGUUCCCCUUGCCCCAGACUUUUGGCAAUAUCUGGCAACAUUUUGUAUUGUCAUGACUAUGGAGAAGGUGCUUCUGGCAUCUAGUGUGUAGAGACAAGUGAUACUAAUAAAUGUCCCAUAAAACACAAGGCAAAGAAUUAUCCAGUCCAAAAAUGUCAGUAGCACCAAGGUUGAGAAACCCUGAUCUAGACUAGACAGUAAAAUGGGAUUAACACUUAAAAGAAUGUUGUUAAAAUAAAAAACAGCUUUAUACAGAAUUUUCUUAAAGUAGAAACUCCUAUGAUAGCACAAUGAAUGUCUUUGUUUUGAAAUGCGUAUGGCUUAAACUUAAAUGGAUCAUUAAAUACUCAAAAGAAUGGAUGACUCCAAUAUAUUUUCAUAAAUCUAACACUCAAUUAUUCUGCCAACAGUGACUCCAAUUUUUAGAAAAUGAGACUGUUCUCAGUAUUCUAAUGAGAAUGACUUUGUACCUGGAGUCAUCAUUAUAUCCUAUUUGUACACUAAGUAUUUGCUCAUCUGAGGUCCUUCUGGUUUCCUAUAAAGCUAAGGGGUCUGAUUUUAAUAACUUGGACUUACCUGAAUUUUACUGCAUAUUGUUGUUCUAAAUGGGUAAAUAUUUAAGAGAGAGAGACCUUCAUUGUGACCUGAUCUACUAGGUCCCAACUGAUUGGCUCAGAGCUGAUAUAAGGCCCUAUUUGCAACUCUUUCUGUAGCUGUUCUUGCCAGCCAUCCUGUUGGCCUGCCUUUUGUGGGGGGCUGAUCUUCAAAGGCAGGAAUUACCAUAUAAAAGACAACAAAAUGCAAGAUUCUGAAUACAAUAGACCUCAAAUUUAUAAGUUACAGCAUAUGGCUUCCUCAAUAUUUUCAUCUUCAAAAUGUAGACAAUAAAUACAUCUUAUAUAAUUUCAUGGUUAUUAAAUGACAUCAGAUAUUUACAUGAGCAGUGUGGUACUUCAUUCAAGGGCAUGAGCUUUGAAGUAAGACUGAUCUAAUUUGAAUAUUGACUCAGCUAUGGCCUAGCUAUGCAAAACCAAACCAGUUUUCUGGUAUUUAAUCAUUGGUAAAUGGAUAUAAUAAUACCAAUGUUAGCACAGAUUGUUUGAGAAUUAAAAUGUAAGGAGAUCAUUAAUUUAUCUUUCAAAGAGGACACAUUUGAUGGUAAAAUAGAGUAGUAGUAACGAUUACAAUAGAAAAGCAAGCGUAACUACUGGGUAUUUACCCCAAAGAUACAAAUGUAGAGAUCCGAAGGGGUACAUGCACCCCAAUGUUUAUAGCAGCAAUGUCCACAAUAGCCAAACUGUGGAAAGAGCCAAGAUGUCCAUCGACAGAUGAAUGGAUAAAGAAGAUGUGGUAUAUAUAUAUACAAUUGGAUAUUAUGCAGCCAUCAAAAAGAAUGAAAUCUUGCCAUUUGCAACAACGUGGAUGAAACUAGAGGGUAUUAUGCUGAGCGAAAUAAGUCAAUCAGAGAAAGACAUGUAUCAUAUGACCCCAUUGAUAUGAGGAAUUCUUAAUCUCAGGAAACAAACUGAGGGUUGCU